UUGUAUCCUGUGCAUUCUUUGUGGCUUUGCAUUCCAUUUUAAAAUAGUUCAGUGUGGGUUUGGAGGCGGCUCAGUAGUGAAGAGCACUUGUUGCUCUUGCAAAGGAUCCAACAUGUAUGGAGGCAAAGAGUUCAUGCACACAAAGUAAAACUUAAUGUCAAAAACAGUGUAGUGUGUUUGGGGACACACACAUACCAGUGGAGCAUGCCAUAGCAUUAUGUGUGGAGAGUAGAGCACGUCUUUCAGGAGCCAGCUCCCUCUUUCCACAGUCUGGGGAACCAGGGAUCACUCAGGAUGUCAGGUGUGGUGGCAAGCAUCUUUGCCCACUGGACCAUCUCACUGGCCUGUUGUGUGAGUUCUUUUAACCAUUUUUCAAAAGAAAGUAUAACUAUUGUGUGAAUUCUUUUAAUCAUUUUUUUUUUUCAAAAGAAAGUGUAACUGUUUCAUUCAGGUUAGUGUUCCUGCUCCUCACAUCCCGGUGUUUCUGGGCAUUCCGUUAAUUAUCCUAAGAAGGCUUUGGUUGCAACCAUGAUCUUUUUGAAGUGUCACAAGAACUUUGGGAAGGGUGAAGUACCAGGGCCUUUUGGAAGUGUUCAUUAUAAAGGAAAAGUGCUGCUGAAUUGGCAUAAACCUAGUGCUGAAUACUGGAUAUAUUUUAGUGAACGGGGGAAAUUUACUUUUGAAACUGUUGAGAUGGAAGUUUCUGUUUGGGACAGGAACCCUAACAGCCUUUAAAACUAGGGAACAGCCAGAAUAUAAAAACCCGCUUUGUGGUUAGCUGUGUUAGAAUACUUCACUAUCCUGCACAGGUCCAGGGUCCAAUCCCCGGUGCAGACAAAAGCAGACAAAACCGAAAGCCACUCAGUACUGCCACCUGCAGGAUCGACUUGAUAUUGUCUUAGGGUUAGUAUCUGUCCUCCCCAGAUGGGUCCUGUCUUCUGGGACUUUGUCUUACGUUUUGUUUGCACUGUGCUUUCUACAGUCAAUUAUCCUUUCUGACAGUACAGGCUGACGGCGAAUUUUGUUCGCCUGGCAGUAACAAGAUGCUCCAUACUGUACCAUGGGUUCUUGUUUGGCACAGUAUGGACUAGACGGCAAAUGACCCCUGAAUCAUGUAUUAAACAUCUGACCCCAAGUUCCUGAAACGUUGGAAGCGGGGCCUCGAGGGCAGACCUUCGCUUCUGUUCUGGCUUCCCUCUGCUUCUUGGACAAACAGCUGUUCCCAGCACGCCUGCCAAGCCGUGAUAUCCCCCAAAAAGCUUUCCUAAAGUUGUUUCUGUCGGGUAUUUUGUCACAGCCCCCUCCCCCCCCCAAACAAGGCAAACUACCUAGUAUUUGAGGGAAUGAUCAACACUCAUCCCAAGGGUCUACAAUCUUCCCUUGUGAGGCGCAUAAAGUGACCGGAAGAUGAAGGGGCUUCUGGAAGUUGUAGUCCGGAAGCUCCCACGGGUCACGACUCGGUCCUUCCUGCAGUGGGCGAGUUCUGGGAAGUGUAUUCCAAGACCCUCUUUCCGAUCAGUCUGUCCGGGCAUCCGCCUCAGCCCUUGUUCCAGUCUUUGGAGCCUUCGAGACGGCCGCUCCCGGAGGCCGGAAGUGAGGGGACCGGAAGUGCCGUUCCCAUCCCCGCCUCUCCGCCGCUCCUGUGGUCUCCGUUGAUUGAGUCGGAGGGUGGCGGUGGUUAGGUCGUGGCGCGCUUAGGAUCUGCUGCUGAGGGCGGGCCCGGCCCUGUCCCCGGGCGUCCUUCUCCCCGAGAGCCCGUGACGAGAGCCAGCCCUGGCUUUGGGAGACUGCCCGGCCCCUUCCCUCACUUCCCCGCGCUUUUCCCUAAGGCGUUCCCAGGGGACGGCAGGAAGGCGGGACCUGGACAGCUGUCAGCCCCAGUGGCCCAAUGUCAUGGAACACGCCUUUAGUCACAGCACCGGGGAGGCAGAAGCAGGUGGAUUUUUGUGACUUCAUGGACUGCUUGGUCUGCAUAGCUAGUCCCAGGCCAGCCAGGAUAGUGAGACCCUGUCUCCAACAAAACAAGACACCGAAGUUAUGCCUUCUCAGGACAGUGACCUUCCUCCAAAGGAACAAGAGAAAAUGGCCAUAUUUCAGGAGGCAGUGACAUUCAAGGAUGUGGCAUUGGUGUUUACUACCGAAGAGCUGGGGCUGCUGGACCUCACACAGAGGCAGCUGUACCAAGACAUGAUGCUGGAGAACUUCAAGAACCUGGUUGCUGUGGGGUGCUUUCCCCUCAAAGCAGAUAUGGUAUCCCUACUGGAAGCAGAAGAAAGGCUUUGGCUAAAGGAAACAGAAGUCCAGAGAAACGGCAGCAGUCCGCAGGAGUCGGCGACUCUUGGGAGACUCGCACCGAAGCAUCUUCCCCAGGAAGAGGUGUCUUGCUGGCACAUCUGGAAACAGGCUGCCCAGAAAUCGACCCGGUAUCUUCAGAGGAAGCGUUCUCAAAUACUGCGACACUAUCCCAUUCAGGUUUCUGACAGUGGGAGCAACACAAAGAAUCACAGGGGAGAUGGCUGCAGGUGCCUUGAACAAGAAGACUUUUCAGUCUCAGGAACUCAGAAUUAUUGCCAAAAGCGGUGCCUACAGGGAGCACAGAACCAGAGUGGGAAUAAGCCGGUCUGUGUGAAACGUGACUUGCGUGUGCAUACAGAUUUGAUGAGCAAGUCUUCGCUUUGUGAGCCGCUUAAAACCAACAAAGAACAGAAACCCCACAGAUGUGAUGACCGUGACAGACGGACUAAUGACGGUGUUAAUCAGGGACUGUCCUUAGGAGGGAGACCAUGUCUGCAGAGUGAGUGUGCCUCAGGGCUUCCCGUUCACCAGACUGUGUCCCCAGCAGAGCGCUGCGGUAGUCCGUGCUCACACGCAGGAGAGGAGCUAGAGAAACACCACCCAUCUAGUGAUCACUUCAGCAAGAGCCCCUCUCGUUCUCCUCAGACCAGUCCCACAGACGGAAAGUCCCACAGAUGGGACAGUUGUGGGAAGAGGUUCAGCGGCAGCCAGGGUCCCAUCAUUCACAACAGCACUCACACGGGAGAGAAACCUCACGAAUGUGAGGAGUGUGGCAAGUGUUCUAGUCAGAGCUCAGAUUUCCAGUGCCAGCAGAGGGUGCGCACUGGUGAGGAGCCACACAGGCGUGAUGUGUGCGGCCAGGGUUCCAGCCACAACUCUCUGUUAACAUGCCAUCCGAGAGUCCGCACUAGAGAGAAACCAUAUAAAUGUAAGGCAUGCGGGAAAGGGUUUUCCCGAAAUACAGAUCUCCACAUCCAUUUACGCGUUCACACAGGAGAGAAGCCCUGUACGUGUAAGGAAUGCGGGGAAGGCUGCAGGCAGGCUUCCAACCUUCGAGCCCCUCAGAACACCCAUGCCAAAGAGAAGCAGUUCAAAUGCGAAACAUGUGGGAAGGGCUACACUCAGUCCUCGAGGCUUCGCAUUCACCAGAGAGUCCAUGCUGGAGAGAAACCAUACAGCUGUAAAGUGUGUGGGAAGAGCUUCUGCUAUAGGUCAAAUUUUGCACGACACCAAGCAGCACACACCAGAGAGAAACCGUAUAAAUGUCAGGCGUGCGGGAAGAGCCUCAGCGGGAGGUCAGACCUUCAUGCUGACCAGAGAGUCCCCUCAGAGGAGAAACCCUACACGUGUGGAGAGUGUGACAAGAGCUUGAGUCAGUCCAUUGAUUGUCAGGUACGUCAGCAGGUCCACACUGGAGAAAAACCAUACAGAUGUGAUAUCUGUGGGAAAGGAUUCAAGCAGGCUUUUGGCCUCCAUUCCCAUCAGAGAGUCCACACUGGGGAGAAGCCAUACAAGUGUGAUGUGUGCGGAAAGAGUUUUAGGUACAGUUCCCAGUUUAUCUACCAUCAGAGAGGCCACACUGGAGAGAAACCUUACAGAUGCAAGGAGUGUGGGAAAUGCUUUGGCAGGAGCAUGGACCUUCGCCACCAUCAGAGGGUCCACACGGGAGAGAAACCUCACAAAUGUGAGGAGUGUGGGAAGGCCUUCAGUCUGCCCUCCAACCUUCGAGUCCAUCUGCGUAGUCAUGUAAAGGAGAAGCUCUUCAAAUGUGAGGAGUGUGGGAAGGGCUUCAGUCAGCGCUCACGCCUUCAAGCUCACCAGAGAGUUCACACUGGAGAGAAACCAUACAAGUGUGAUAUCUGUGGGAAAGGAUUCAGUCGCUCCUCUGGCCUCCAUUACCAUCAUAGAGUCCACACGGGGAAGAAGCCAUACAAGUGUGAUGUGUGUGGGAAAGGCUUUAUAUACAGUUCCCAGUUUAUUCUCCAUCAGAGAUGCCACAGUGGAGAGAAACCUUACAGAUGUCAGGAGUGUGGGAAAUGCUUUGGCAGGAGCCUGGACCUCUAUCACCAUCAGAGGGUCCACACGGGAGACAGACCUCACAAAUGUGAGGAGUGUGGAAAGGCCUUCGGCUUCCCCUCCAAGCUUCGAGUCCAUCUGACUAUUCAUACCAGGGAGAAGCUCUUUAAGUGUGAGGAGUGUGGGAAGGGCUUCAGUCAGAGCUCACGUCUUCAAGUUCACCGGAGUGUUCAUACUGGAGAAAAACCGUACAAGUGUGAUAUCUGUGGGAAAGGCUUUGAUUACGCUUCCCGCCUUCGAUACCAUGAGAAAAUCCAUACCCAAAGAAAGUAGCGGUGGGUGUGGUGGCACAUGCUCACGAACCCAGCGUUCAGGAGGCCGAGACUGGAAGAUGAUAGGUUUGUGGCCAGCCGUGGCUCCAAAGCAUGAUACACGAAAUGUCCAUCUUCAAGUUUUCCAAGAGUCUAUCCCAGUGCUAAGCCUAUAAAACCAUUACAUGUGGGAACAGGCUUCUCCGGCUGGAUUCAAGAUCUAACACAUCUUGUAGCUGGAAGGUUUCUCCAGUCCUCCCCAGCCCCAUGGUCCCUCAGCCGCUUAUAAAAUAAUCAUUUAGAGUCUUAA